CGGUGAUGCGGAUGGUUCCUCCCAGGCCCAGACCCGGGGUCGGGCAGGGCAAGGAAAGUCAGCCCAGGCCUGGAAGAUGUGGGACUUCCUGGAAGCCCUCCUGUUCCCGAUCCUUGCCAUCUUGUGGGUCAAUAAAUGGCCUCUCUCCGACGGGGGGUUCGCCCUUCUCUUCCUGGCGCUGCUGCUCUGGCAGGCCCGGAGGGGCCACAUUGGGCUGAAGAAGAACCAAGAAAAGACCCACAACAUGCAUCGUCCCAAGAACCGGCUGGAGGGUGCAUCAGCUAAAGUUCGGAGCUUGGGCCAAGAACACCCCAAGGAUCGAGCGGAAGUCCUGCAUAUCCUGAAAAGGCAUGACAUGGGCAUGUUCUGUGGAAAAUCUGGCCGUGCCGUCUGCCAGCGUCUCAGAGAAGAAGCCUAUGGAGUGUUCUCAAAGGACAGCACCCUCUACCGCGUGCUCCCACCACCCCCGGCCGGUAGGGAGAAGGUGACUCGGCCCGGGUCAUCUUUCCACCGUUCCAGAGAGACCGCCUCCCGACCUCACAGCUCCAAAUCGGGUGAAUGUUGCUGUAGUUCAAAGGUCAUGAUCCUCCCUGCAGACGUAGGGCCUCAAACUCCUCAAAUGGAGAAGCGACAAGAGCCCCAGCAGCUGGGUUUCCCACCUUCUGGCCACAGCACAUCAGUGGUCCCUGAAGAGAAAGCCCACAGAGACGCAGAACAAACAUCUGCUAAGCAGCAGCGAGAGGCCAAGGCCUUGACCCUGGAAAUCGAGCCCCCCUCCCGGCCCUCUUUCCUCGCCCCCAAGACCCGCAGCUUCCUGGAGCAACACUUGAAGUCCAUGCUCCAUUUCCAGCAAUGCAGGCUGCCCAGUUGGGUCCUGGAGGCCCAGAGUCUGUUACCACCUCAGGCGGGAGAGCAAGACAUCCAGCCUGGCUCUCCCUGGAGAAAAGAUUUGGUCGUGCCUGAAGAUUCCCACAGGAUGAAGAUGAUGAAGAGCAAGGAGGCCCUGGAAGAGCACAUGGCCCAAAAAUGUCAUCAGCUGAGACAUGGGGACAUCCCCCCCGUAGUACACAAUGGUCAAGGCGACACCAGCCCCUCACCGCCGGUGGCCCUCCCCACAUCGCCGAGCCCUCUGGCUCUCUUCGGCCCCAGAAGUCCAGCCCCCACCAUAGAAGACUCCCCGCCUCCGGACCUUCUAGAGACCAGACCUCAGUCGCCAGCCCAGAGGAUCGCUUCUCCGAUGCCGAGCUCGAGCCCCAGGCUGCGGGAGGACCAACCACUCCCGGUGGAACCCUCAGACCUGCCCGAGGCUUCGCUGAAGAAGAGCCUGGAAUCGGUCACGCAGCAGAAACACGUGGACGUCAUCUCUGGGUGUGACACGCGUGACAUGCACUACGAUCCAGCUGCCGACAGGGUCGUCUCUCCAUCGGGACCUGUCCAGACGGGACUGAGCCCAGAGGACGAGCCGGGCCUGCAAGCAGACCGUUCAGAAUGCAGCACGGUAGAUCGGGAGAAGGGGGGGACAUCUGAAGAACCAAAACUCUCCCCCGUCACCCAACGCCAGGUGUUUUCAAUGGACAGCAGGGCAGGUGACCAUUCUCACAGAGUCGGAGACCGUGACGGGCCUCAGAAUCCUACUGCCCAAGUCCCAGGGCAGGAGAGAGAGGGGCCCGGUCUCCUGGGCUCCUGCCACUCAAAGCCUUCAAUCUACCCUCCCAAGACUGCAUUUAGCUUGAGGGUCCCUGUGAACAUCCAGAGAGGGGAGAGAGGCAUCCAGAGACGGGAGAGGGACCCCAGCCAAAGGGACAGCAGGUCCUCUGUCUCUGCCUUGGCAGAAAGGGGACCAGCUCCCACCAUGGCUCACGGCCCUGGAGUUUCCACCUCAGGGCCAGUAAGCACCAGAAGGGGCCAAAAGCCGCCACCCAGAGUCACGUUUUCUGAACAGGUGAAGACGUGGUUUGGCUCCAAAGGCCAGCAGGCGGGCAUCAGCCCCAGGGCGCGGACGACAGCCGCCGUAGCAGAGCCAGGCAAGCCGAGCUCAACGUCACCGGGGAAUACUAAACCAUCCUCCCCGACCCGCCAACCCGUGAGCCGCCGCCCUCGGAAAGGAUUCCCGGGUCACAGUCCACAUGGGCCCGGGGCCCCAUAAACCCGCACGAAGAUCAAGAUUCAAGGGAGGCUUUCUGGCGCAUGGGCUAAUCAGCCCGGUCUCCCAACAGCACGGUUUCUAAUUUCGUUCGCUGUCCUGAUCUCUGUUGAAAUAGACUCAUCUUCCUGUGGGAGA